GGCAACGCCGGCAGCACCGGACCGGCUAUGGCAGGCGGCGGCGCGACCCCGCCGGCUCCCCCCCGGCCCUGGAGCCGUCUCCACGCCGCGGCCGCGCGGUGCAGCCGCGACCACCAGAGUGUCCGAUGCGUUCCUCCCCCGCCAGCUCCCGUUGCGGUGGCUCAGCCUCUACCUCCGUGCAGGGCCCCCCCACAGCCGGAACGGCCCCCGGAGCCGUGGCCGCGGAGCUGGGCGAGCCCCAGGAAGGAAUCGGUGCAUCGGAUCCAGGGACGGAUCGAGUGCCCGCACAGCGCUGCCACCAACGGCGGUUACUCCCGAAAGGAGAACGGCGGCUUCUUCUGCCCGUAGGACCCCGCAAUAAAGCGCGGAGCGGAGCCGGCCUGAGUGCGCGGCCGCGUGGUUGGGGGCGGCGGGCGGAUCAGAAUCGCCUGCGCUCAGGGGCCGGCCGGGGCCAGGCCUCGCCUAUCUGAUCGACUCAUCCCGCCCGCCCGCCGCACAGCGCCAGCGGCUUCGCGGCUCCGUUCUUCUCAUCUCGGCCGGGGCCGAUCGAAUAAGAUCAAUGUGUAGGGAGAGGGCGGCACGCGC